AUGCAGAAAAUUGGGUUCAGGUUCAGUGGUCGUAUCCUUGGCCUGGCUUUGAUCCAUCAGUACCUUCUGGAUGCUUUCUUCACAAGGCCCUUCUAUAAGGCACUCCUGAGGCUGCCCUGCGAUUUGAGUGACCUGGAAUAUCUGGAUGAGGAGUUUCACCAGAGUUUGCAGUGGAUGAAGGACAACAAUAUCACAGACAUCCUGGACCUCACGUUCACCGUUAACGAAGAGGUGUUCGGACAGGUAACAGAGAGGGAGCUAAAGUCGGGAGGCGCCAACACCCAGGUGACGGAGAAGAACAAGAAGGAGUACAUCGAGAGGAUGGUGAAGUGGCGUGUGGAGCGAGGCGUGGUGCAGCAGGCUGAGGCCCUGGUGCGGGGCUUCUAUGAGGUGGUAGAUUCAAGACUCGUCUCAGUGUUUGAUGCCAGGGAGCUGGAGCUAGUGAUAGCGGGGACUGCUGAGAUUGACCUGAACGACUGGCGGAACAACACGGAGUACCGGGGAGGUUAUCAUGAUGGGCAUCUCGUGAUCCGCUGGUUCUGGGCUGCCGUGGAACACUUCAAUAAUGAGCAGAGACUAAGAUUGCUUCAGUUUGUAACAGGAACCUCAAGUGUGCCCUAUGAAGGCUUUGCCGCCCUGAGAGGAAGCAAUGGGCUUCGGCGCUUCUGCAUCGAGAAAUGGGGGAAAAUCACAUCUCUCCCCAGGGCCCACACGUGCUUCAAUCGAUUGGACCUUCCACCUUAUCCCUCAUACUCCAUGUUGUAUGAGAAGCUAUUAACAGCUGUAGAAGAAACCAGCACGUUUGGACUUGAAUAAGGGAAUGGAGCCCCAU